GAACAUUGGCGGGAAAACGAAUCGGAGGGAAACUGUAACAAGAAAACCCUAACCCUCCAUUGCUCAUUGUUCUGUUCCAAUGGCGCAAACCGAAACCCUAACGCUCCUUCACGAGAUCGAAUCUCUCGUCUCCGAUAAACUUCAAGUGGUUUCAUACAAGUGGCUGAGUCGCAGUUAUAUGGUAUCAUCCGAUGAAGCAAAGAGGUUGCUUCAGGAGUUUGUUCAACAACAUGAUAGUGGGUUGGAGGUUGUGUAUGCUUUGUCUGGCUGGUUAAAGAACAGCCAUCCUUGUUACCACAUAAGGCUAGUUCCAGGGCCAAAGCUUGCAGAAGCACAACAGGAAUUUGAUGGGAAUUGCUCAGUUCAGGUAUAUAGUGUGCAAGCUAGUAUCCCAAAGGAUCCAGCUGUGCUUUGGAAUGCAGAAUUCAUUCAAGCAGAGGAACUCUUCAAGCAGCCCUCCUCAAUUGACAAUUGCUUGAGAGAUAAUAGGUUCUGUGGGAUCUCUAAUUCUUUUGUACGGAGGAAUGUGGAUGGCCCACCUGUAGUUUCUGCUGCUCCACAGAUAGAAUCUGAAGUAGGUGCGGGACAAACAAAGAGUAACAUAGUUCACCAACCUCCCCAAAAUACAGCACGUGGUUCUAUUGCCAAAGUUGAUCUAAAAUCACAGAAUGUGGUGAAAGUUGUCAAGAGUGAAAGCAAUGGUACAGGGAAUACAGGAGUUCAUGAUAACAUCAACAAACCUACUGCAGACAAAGAAAAUGCCCUUCCCUUGCCCACAGGCAAAAAGAAAGUCCAAGCUCAUAAAAGUGGUUCUGUUACUGGAGGUUCAUUGGCAAGCUUUUGGGGUCAUGCAUCUGCAAAACUCAAGCCUUGCUCCCUGCCAGCAGAAAAUAAUAACUCAGUUUCAAAUCCUGCUGUAGCUACUGAAGAUGCCCAAACUUAUGCUCGCAAAGCAGUAGAGGUUGACAGUGGUGAUGAUGAUAAUCAGGAUAUUACCUUGAGAAGAUCAUCCAAUAGGAAAAGGAGGGUUGUCUUUGAUUUCUCAGAUGAAGAUGAAGAUGCCAUCAAUUUAGCAUCACCUGAUUUGCCAAAUAAACAAUCUUCUCAAGAUCCAAAACAAAAUGACAAAAAAUCACCUGAGAAAGCCACUUUGAAUUUUGACUUGCAGAUAGAAAAUAAAUCAAGGGUUAAGGAAGAGAGAGCAACUGACCAAAAAGCUCACCAACCACUGGGAGAAGAUUUAUCAGCUAUCAGCAAGUGCACAAGUACUGGGAAAUCAUCUACUGAUAAGUUCCAGAGUUGUGCUCCUGAAAUUUGUAUAAAUAAGGAUAGUGCAAAGAAUGCCGCUCCAGGUUCACCUAAGAGGAGAAAAGUGAUGAAGACCAGGAUUGAUGAACGGGGGAGAGAAGUAACUGAAGUAGUCUGGGAGGGGGAGGAGACAGAAGCAAAGAAAGCUGAUAAGGUUACAACAAAGAAAGCUGACAAUAAUGCAUCUACCAUUGCUGUCAACAGUGCUCCAGCAACUAAGAAGCCACCAGCUACAUCAAAUACCAUUUCUGUUCCCGCUAGAAAAGGAGGAAGCAAGAAAGCAAAAAACUUAAAUGAUCCUAAACAGGGCAAUAUUCUUUCAUUUUUCAAGAAAGUUUGAGAUCUUCACAAAUUACUAUGUUCAAGAGACGAACUUUUCAGCAGGAUCAUUCAUCAAUACUAGUCCCUUUCAGCACUGAGGAUUUUGCAUUAUGUAGAUCUGGCUCUCUUUUAGUUGGGGAUUUCACUGGAAUCUGGAUGCAGGAUAGUUGAAAGACCUUGUGUUUUCCUUACGCACGUUAUUGCUAAUAUAAUAUUACUUUCGUGCUGUUCUUGCCUG